CCUCUGGUGGACGAAGGCAGCAGGAGGAAUGACCUCCUGCGAUUUCCAAUAGGUUGAUAAGCUCGUUGUGAGUUUAUUCGCAGCUUAUGAUUGGAUCCUGUCAAAGAGCUGCCUCGUCCUCACGGACUUGUGUGUGUGGCUUAUAGUUUGAUGUGUCUUAUCUAUGAGCAAAUCUCUUGUUCUCUCGAAAUUUAGUGGGUUCGGCUUAUACACUGGAAAUUACGGGAUAUGGGUGUUGUUUCAUGUCUAGAGGACUCCAAUAAUGGUCAAAAUUGUACUUAGAAAGUCAUAAAAAGGUUUGACAUAACUAUGAAAAUAUUACAUUUAUAAAGAAGGAAUUCACUUAUCAGGUUUGGAACUAAUUAACUGCUAUACACAGUACAGUAAUACCUUAUUAAAUCCUGCGUUAAACGAAUUUCUGCGAUAUAUGAGUCAAUGUUAGUAAAUGGAAGAUUUUUUCGUAGUUAAAGCAUACAAAACCUGUACGGGUUUUAACAUUAUUAGAGCCCUCUAGACAUGAAAUAAUACCCCUAUAGUCACCUUUACACUCUUAUUAUUCUUUGUUUAUAUCACAUUACUCAGGCUACGGGAUCACUGCAGGGACAUAACGGAUUGUCGAUGCUAGCACAGCAAGCUAGUGAGCUAACUAGUUAGCCUCUCUAAUGUACUUAUUCUAAACUUAAAGUGUUUCAAUCUGAGUGGGGAUGAAGGACAAAGAAGCCAAAAACUUACCACUUCCACACGAAAUGAGAGGAGAACCUUUUUUUCCCACUCGAUCUCAGCCAUGGCACGUCGGCUGAGCUCUGCUGGCUCAGUAGCCAGACUCCAUGCAGUGUGAGGGGUAAUGUCAUCUAACGUCAUGUCUCAUAACGUUACUGAUGCCUACUGACCACAACACUACUUUUAACUUGUCUUUCCCUCCAGUGCUGACAGGCGGGGUCCACAGUACGCGCUUGUUCCUGCGACGAGUGGCUGGCUGCCGGCCUGCGCUGGAACACCUCCACCUCCCUUUCCCCCUCCGCUGGUGCAAGUCUUUCAGUUCUUAUGUUGUAAAGUGUGCUUAUUUGUGUCUGUGUUGCCAGCACUACUCCUCCAUAGGAACAUAGUUGGUACUUUUUUUUCCCUCCUCCUCUCUCCUCUUGUUCUCCCCUUUCCUCUUCACCUUUUAUCGCCCAGUCAUCCUGUCCCGUCUAAACCCCCUGUCAUAUUGUAUGGUAUGUUGAAUAUGUACGGACGGGUGAUUGCACAAUUUAGCUUGUACCUCAGUAUAAGUGACUAUUAAAGGCCAUUGCCUCUCUUUCAAUAUUUUUGACUAAUAAUAGGUCAUAGUCAACUACGAAACGGCGAUCAUUUGCUAAUUAUUUUUUGAAAAGCCGCGAUAUAACGAGGGAUUACAGUACUGUAUGUGUAAAAAAGUAGCUCUUCUUCUUGUUGAAAAGCUGGAUUUGACAUUUCUUUAGCUGUGUAUUGAUUGGUAGCUUCAAAUGCUAACGUGUCCUUUCAUGUUAGAACUUUGCACCCCACCCAGCCCCCACAGAGCAACAAGUCCUCUUUGCAGGAGUGUGUGAGGUAUCGAGCGCCAGAGUGAAGAAUAUGCCGAAUAGAGUUUGGAUUUUGUUGCCUUUGCUGGUUUUUACGUGGCCGCGGAUCCUGCAUGGACUCACUUUGCUGCCCCAGGAGAACUUUGACGUGGAGCAGUUUGUGGGGAGGUGGUAUGAGGGGGGCGUGGUGUCUGAUUGUCCACAUUACACACGCAACAAGAAGGCAAGCCCGGGUGUUGUUGCUUUGGACUUGAAGCGAUCCCAUCAUGGGAACCUUACGGUGACGUCGGCCAUUUCCAGAAAUGGUUCAUGCCAGCAGACAUCCGUGCAGUACGCUUCCACAGAAACAGCAGGGAAGUUUUUCUACCAUGUUGCAAGGCUCGGCGUGGAUGUUGCCGCCUACGUGGUCCAUACCGACUAUGACGAGUACGCCAUGAUGGGUCUGCUGAGCACGGAGAGAACGUCACAGAAUAAAACCACCAUCCUCAAACUUUAUACUCGAUCUUUGGAUGUGAGGCUUGCGGUGCUGGAGGACUUCAAGGCGCUGGUCCAAAAACAUGGGAUGAGAGAUGACAGCAUCAUCUUUAAUGAGAACAGAAUUUUAAAUACGUGCAUAUGAAAAUUCAUGCACUCUUGUUGCACUGUUGACUGACAACAUUUCAAUAAUUAUGUCCUAGUUUUACCUUUCACAAUCGCUAUAACGUCAUUUAUAUACUGUACAAUAUUUGCUGUAAAUCAGGGCUCCCCCACCACCGGAUGGCUAGGUUUUGUAAAUAACUACAUCCGAUUUUAUGUAAAUGUGUAUUAGUUUUGGGAAUAAAAUCUAAUAUUUUAUUGGAAAAAUAAUACACUGUUAGGAAGCCUAUAGUUUUUCCAUGUUUAAGUGGUCUUUCAUUAGGUUUGGCCGUGCGUUUAUUCCCAGCAGUCCUUGAACGCAUCAUAAUCGUGUUGGCCGAGAUAAAGUGGUGGUUUCUCCGAUGCUACCACAAAUAGACUUACUUUUAUAUUUUUCCAUUCAGUGUUGUUUCCAAACGCUGAUACUUGGUGAGGAUGCAUAAACGUGAGGUUUGAUGACGUUAUUAUGUGUGUGUUGAGUGCUACUGUUUGUAUUUAUUCCAUGCCAAGUUAAUUCAUGCUAGCACACCGGCUGUAGCCCACACAUCAAAACAACGAUGUGAUCAUUUUCCCUCUGGAAAACAAACUCCAGGCUCGUACCAGUGGUGAGUCUGUAUGCAUCUUGUGCCUUUAAUUUGAUAUUGUUGGAAGCUACUUUUCUGAUACUUUUAUUCAUUGCAGUCAGACCAGACGUAAUGGUCGGCGCUUUUACGGAAGUGUGUUGUUUGUAGACGUUCUUUCUUCCUUCCUUGUCCUGUAAAUGGCAGUGGCGCCCCCUGUGGGUUGUGGUCAAAAUGCAUUGGAAGACAUGCUAGCGUACAUGUAAUAGAAAUAAAGCCUUAUAAAGCUAAGUGUUCACAUGAAAGUACAGGGGCGUAUAAAGGGGGUGAAGGUAGGAACAUUCCAAGGGCCCGUGACGAACAGGGACCCCAGUAAAUAGGUAAAUCAUUUUGCUAUCUGGUGGUGAUUUAAAAAAAAAUGUAUUUGAAAAUGUUGUGUACACGAAAUUGUUUGGUCAGCUACUACCCGCGCCUGCUUCUGGCAAGGCCACGAGACUUAAGCAGACUGCCGAUUCAACUGCAAAUGAAUGGAACAGCGUGUCGUACGCUAUGGAGCAGGAGGUCCGCCAUGAUGGUGAGCAAGAGCGGUGGGCGGGGCUAGGCGCACAACAGUGUACAAUGUAUUCACGAGCUCUGAGCUGAGUAUAAAGGUUAUACGCAGUGCGUACACUUGGAUGAAAUGGAUACUAGGGAUGCUCCGAUCAGGUUUUUAUGCUGCCGAUAGCGAUCAUCCAUGAGUGAAAUCGGCCGAUACCGCGACUGAUCACAGUGUCAUUUUGAAAAUAGAAAACAUAAAAAAACAUUUAUGUUCAUAGCUUAUUUCAACCCAAACAAAGUGAAUAUCCAAUCCACUUUAUUAAUAUAGCACAUUUUAUAAACACUGUUUCCACAGUGCUGCACAGACUAGUAAAACCAUAAAUAAUAAAUAAAAGUACUAACUAGUACAGUAAAAACUAAAAGAUCAAAUAAAAAACAAGAAACUGGUAAAAACUAUAAAAGCAAUAAAUACAAGAAGUAGGUAAAAAAAAUAAAGAAGUAAAUAAAAUAGAAUUAAAUUAAAUUAAAUAAAAAAAAAUAAAAUAAAACCAUGUAAAAGUAAAAAAGAAUAAAAGACACAGAGGACCACACGACUUAUGCCGAGUUAAACGCCAGAGGAUAAAAGUGAGUUUUAAGACGAGACUUAAAGCUUUCAAUUGUGGGGGCUGUUUUUACAUGAGGGGGGAGAGUGUUCCACAGCUUUGGGCCAACUACGGAAAAGGCCCGGUCUCCCCUGGUCUUAAGUCUGGUCUUAGGCACCACCAGUCGGAGCUGGCCUUCGGACCUCAAUGUGGCGCUGGAGUGUACAUUUGGAUGAGGUCCGAGAUGUACUGAGGGGCCAGCCCCUUCAACGCCUUAAAAACAAACAAAACGAUCUUAAAAUCAAUUCUAAAACGCACAGGCAACCAGUGCAGGGAGGCUAAAAUUGGGGUAAUAUGCUCCCUCUUUUUGGUUCCUGUUAAAAGCCGUGCUGCAGAGUUCUGGACUAACUGGAAGCGAGAGAGUCAUGUAUGGCUUAUUCCAAAGUAAAGGGCAUUACAGUAGUCCAGAUGUGACAAAAUAAAAGCGUGCAUGGCUUGGAUACUUUGGAUAGAAGCCGAAGUUGAUAAAAAGAGGAUUUUACAACGGCGUUAAUUUGUUUAUGACGUUUAAAAUCACCGUCGAUUAUGACGCCAAGGCUGGUGGCUGUGGGACUGACUUGGUUCUUGAUGGGGCCCAAGUCCAAGAGGGGCCACUAUUAUUAAGGAGGAUAACUUCUGUCUUCCCCUCAUUGAGCUUUAAAAAAUUUGAAGCCAACCAGACCUUGACGUCGCUUAAGCACUCAAGAAGGGGUGUCGGGGGGGCAUGGUCGUUUCUUGGAAGUAAGAGGUAAGUAAAUCAGGCUUUCAUCUGCAUGAAAGUGAUAGGAGAUGCCAUGCUUUCUAAAUAUUGUACUAAGUGGGAUCAGGUAUAGCGCAAACAGGAUGGGCCCCAGGAUUGAUCCCUGGGGGACUCCACAGUCAAGGAGGACGGUAGACGAGGAUGCAAAAGUUCUAUCACUCUCACAACGACAGGAAGUCCCACAGGACAGACUUGUUUGUUUUGGCUUUGUGAAAGGAAAGUGGGUGGGAGACGGUGGCUUUAGGUCGGCUGCUGCAAUGGAGGUGGAGCUGACCGUCGAAGGGGAUCAGCGUUUAAAAGCAAGUUUUGGGAUAUUGCUUGCUUUUUACCGUGCUUUUUCACGGUAAUCGGCCGAUACUGAUCGGUGGCCGAUGGAUCGGAGCACCCCUCUAGCAUACAUUGUAUCGUCAUUAGACAAAUGCUCAGUGAUUGUGGAGAAUUAGCUUAACCAAAUGUUUACAUGAAUGUACUGUAAACGCAAUGGAUGCCCGCCAGCGUGGCUGCGCAAGUGUAAGUUGGUAAACACUCCCUCGACCUUAAGAACGCUGGGUCAAGCGUCUGGGCUUUCGGCCCAACGGUCAGCGCUCUCGUCACCCAUUCCAAAGGUCGUGUUUGAGCCCAGCGCGGGGCUAGCUGAAACAUGCGGGUUACAUACAGUAUUUUUAUGUGUAAUUGACUAAGAUGAAGACAAACGACGGGUAAGUAGACAGUUUUGACAGCAGAAACAUGAAAUCUAAGUGUGCAUGUUCAUGUUUGGAUCAUCAAGUGGAGAUGCGGGGUUUUCAUCGGAGGAGCAACAACGUACUUGAAGGUAAAACAGCACGCAUUCAUUCGCUACUCAUUAAC